GUGCGGUACCCUCGCGGACCACAGCAUUUUACCACCUUUCCGCCGCCUUUCCCUCGCAUUUCUCCUUCAUAUCCAGCCUGAACAUCUAGAAAUGACUUUCCUCGCAUAAUAUCUUGAUUUCCUCACUAGCGAUGUUCAAUGACAACCAGAAAGCCGACCAGAUUGCGUUGCACUUCUAUACCAAGCUAUUUUACGUCGUCAGCGAUGCUAGAACGACGGCUGAGUCGCGACUGCAGUUAAAGGUUGACAAAUGGUUCAAUCUGGAGACAUACGACUCUGAUAUGUUUCCAAAGGAAAUUCGCGACAAGUACAAGUCAGUGUCAACGUCUCCACCACCACCACCACUGGAAAUCCAGGUCCUUCUCUCUGUACCAGAGCUUAGCAGCAAUCAGGUCCUCGUUUACUUGUCGCCGGAUUCAUCCAGGUUGCAGAUAAAGCCGACACCAAAGUAUAUUCUGCUCGAGAGCUGGGUCCUUGCCUUCAAUAAUCGCCGUAUCAGUGAGGAGGAUGGUUCUGACGUCGCGCUGUCCACGGUGUACAAGCAUGGCAUACCACUCUUUCGCAGCCUGUACAGUCUGCUGCGUAUCCUCCCCGCAUGGAAACUCUGCAAGCGGCUCCGGAGACGCGGGGCAGGCAAUGGGAACCUCAAUAUCCAAUUGCGGGUACGAACACAGGCGCUGGGUGAUUCCGGCCUCAUUCUAGGCUUCGAUGCCUCGCCGGCGACAGGAGCUUCCCCUCUUCCCAGCAAGACGCACGUGUUCGUGCCUGUAUCUCACCCCAUGGGUACGCUCUCGCUGUCCGCGACGUAUCUGACGAUGCCUCAUUUCCGGGUGGACGACUUGGAAUCCCUCCUCUCGUCGCGUUUUCUCUCCGAAGGUCCAGAAUUUGUGCCAACACUGUCCAAGAAUCUUCAGCGAGACUCAAUAACAGGCUCGCCAGGUAGCAGCCUUCCCAUCCGGACUUCCCUUCCUAGAUCUCCACCAAUAAGUAUUUCCAUUGCAGACCGAUUUGUCUUGCCUUCCUCCUCGCGGCCGCAAUCAUUAAUUAGUGGCAGUCCGAGAAACGUACCUCUACCCCCCGGUUCCACAUCUGGAUCGUUGACCGAUAACAGCAGCCGACCGCCUUCUGGACUCUCCUUGGCAGCGCGUUUGCGAAGGGAGAGCACCGGUCGAAGCGGCUCCGCAGAUCUACCAUCAGCUCCCCUUGCUAUUCGCCGUCCAAAUAUUAACCCCGUGCACCCGUUCAAGAGCAACACAUUAGUAUCCGCAUCGCCUUCAGGCGGCAGCCUUGGGGGGAGUAGUGCCUCGUUUGGAGGUGGUGUCGCAGGAUCGCUAUCUUCUGUAGGCAUAGCAAACUUGCCGGCCCUAGGUCCUACGCGAUCUCCAACGAUGAACCGGGCACCGGCUCCUUUAUCUCCGAUAGGCCUUGCAAGCCGGCCUUCACCCCCUUUUGCACCUUCGAGCCUGCGGAGCGAGGAAUCGGAUAGCCCGAAACCACCACUUAUACCUCCCAGGAAGCGUUACUCAAGCAGCUUCGGCCAUCGAUACGCGCCAUCUCUGGGUGCAGGAAGCGAUGGCAGCGGCAGCGCGAACGAGAAAGUCGGGAGCGCGUCUUUCCUGAGCACCAAUACGGAUGACGAUGAGAUUUCGACAUUUGUGCAGGAUAUCGAUGCGAGGAAACCGCUGAGCGGGAGGCACAGGCUGCACUCGCAGUCUCCACGACAGGCAUUUCCGGUGCUGCCGCCGCCACAGAAGGAAGAGGGCGGGCUGCUGCUAAAGCAGGAGGCCAUCUCACCGCCUGGCGCUAUGCUGACUAGUGAGGGGGAAGUGGAUGAGAAGCUUCGAAAGAUGAACGAAGCAUUCCUUGCGAGUUUGGAAGGCCUAGGAGGGAUUGAGGGGAACAUCCGGAGGAAGACGAGUGAUAGCCCCGAAAGCCGUGGGAGGGGGAGUCCCAUCGGGCUUGGGAUGGGGGGAUUUGUGCGCCCGAGAUACGGUUCAGCUACGAGCCAGGGGUCGGAGGAGGUGAUUGGGAAAUUGGAGUUUGAUGAUGACCGCAGGCGUGGGUGAGGCUCGUGCUGGACUUGUAUAUAUAUUCCUCUUUAUGAUCCCAUGUGUAGCAAAGCAUAUGUCUCAAUAUCUAUUUCAUGUUUUUUUGUUUUAUCUCAUCACACGUAUUACCAGUAUCAAUAUCAUCGAUGUGGCGGCGAGGUCUCCA